AUGGCAAAGCAGUACCGGAACAUUGGCGAGGACGUGUGGAAGAACAAGGUCGAGAAGGUCAAUGCCGAGCUUUUUAUUUUCACGUACGGCUCGCUGGUGGUGCAACUGGUCAAGGACUACGAAGACUACCAGGCUGUGAACAAGCAGCUGGAUAAGCUCGGCUACAACAUCGGCGUGCGCCUAAUCGACGAUGUGCUGUCCCGUACCAGCCUGGACAAAUGCAAAGACAUGCGCGAAACCGCCGAGGUGAUUUCAAAGGUCGGCUUCCGCAUGUUCCUGAACAUUGCGCCGUCGGUGUCGGCGUGGUCGACGGACUCCAAGGAGUUCUCGCUGAUCCUCGACGACAACCCAUUGAACGACUUUUGCGAGCUGCCGCCUCGGGCGGUGCAGGACGGGCUGUGGUACAGCAAUGUUCCUAUGGUUGGGCUGCAGGUGAAGGUGGAGUUUGUCCGGGACGUGCUGAGAGGUGAUGAUGUGUCGGAGAUUCGCGUCCGGCUGGAGAAGAUGCUGGACGAGGAGGUGCCGGUGGGCGAUGAUUAG